GGACCGCGGCCAUCGACCGGAAGCUCCUCUUCGCCUGGGAGCCCGGCGAGGACGAGGAGGCCGUCGCGCUCGACGCGACGCUCCUCGCGCUCGGCAGCCGCGUGCUCCACCCGAGCCGCGCGCUGUCGAAGCUCGUCGCCGCGAACGUGCUCGCGCGCUACGGGCGGCCCGCGCUCCACCAGAUCGUCGGCGUCCACUUCGACGACGCGAACUGGCACCGGAACCACAAGGCCUUCGCCGCGGCCUACAACUUCCUCCGGUUCCACGACGACCGGAGCCGCCGCGCGCUCGCGGCCGCCGCGCGCCGCGACGACGACGGCGAGUCGUCGUCCGACGGCGACGGCGACGCGGACGCGUCGCCCGAGGAGCCGGAGGACGUCGACGCGCCGCGCGCGCUCAAGCUCGCCGCGGACCUCGUGGCCGCGCUCGCGGCGGCGGGCGACGAGGGCUUUUCGCGCGCGCGCGACGUGCUCGGCGACCUCGACGCCGCGCUCGCGCCGCGCGGCGAGCGGCCGCGCGCGCCGCGGACCUUCACGGACGCCGGGGACGCCGCGCCCGUCGCGCGGAGCGGCGGCGGCGGCGACGGCGACGGCGGGAAGCCGCGGCGCGCGUCGACGGCGGAGAAGCUCUUCCGCGCGGCGUCGGAGCUCCCGGGCGCCGCGUCGCCGGCGCCGUCGCCGCGCCCGUUCCUCGAGCUCCACUUCGACACGCCCGGCGACGGCGACGAGUUCUCCGACGACGGCAGCCACCACGGCGCGCACGGCGACGACCCGCCCCAGGCGCGCGAGGCGACGUC